AUGUCGCAAAAGUCAAUACCAUGGAUCCCGCCGGAGCUGCUCGAACAGAUCCUGUCCGAGGUCUGGGCCAUACCGCAAUCCUCCAGCGAGCGCGCCGCCCUCUUCAAAACCCUAUGCAAAGUCAAUCGCAUGUGGCUCGGGCUCUUCCUGCGAGUGGCCAUGCGCGACGUGCACAUCCCAUGCCCCCUAUUCGCGCGCGACCUCCUGCGCUUGCUUCCCGAGCGAGCCGCAUCCCAAGGCGAGGCGGACCUCUUCACCGCGGAGGCGAUGUCACUCGUCAGCAGGCUCUGCCGCUCGAUGACGUUUCACGUCGACGGCGCCUCGCCAGGGGGCUUGGGCGAGGCCUCCAUCAAGCUGUACUCGCAAACGGACGCCGCGCCCACCGCGAUCUCGACGGUGCUCUACAUGGUCAGCACGUUCGACUACCUGCCGCACCUGCGGCACGUCGCGCUGCGGUACACGGACUGGGGGUACGACGACCUCUUCGACCAGCUGCGGCUCGCGGUCUUCCCGCCGCAGGUCACGCACCUCACGCUCGACUACGCGUUCACCGCGCCCGCGCUCGUCCCGCUCGCGGUGUACCUCAAGACGCUGUACACGCGCCACCCGGCGCCGCACUUCGCGAUGCCGGGCGUGCGCCACCUCGCGGUGUCGGGCGUGCCCGCGGAGUUCGUCGCGGACAUGCUGCAGAUCUGCCCCGCGCUGGAGACGCUCGAGAUGGCGAACCCGGCAAGGCUGUAUGUGCUCGCGCCGCUGCCGGAGAGCGUGCGGACGGUCGUGCUGCGCGUGCCGGGCGUCACGCUCGACCGCGAGCAGAUACACUGGUGGAUGCUCACGGCGGCGAUGGAGGGCAAGCUGUUCCACCCGGAGGCGGGGGGCAGGAUCGUCGUGCGCUCGGGCACGCCUGAUCCGGUGGCGUGGACGGAGACGAAGCGGUUUUGUAGGCUGUACGGCGUGGAUCUUGUGUAUGAGCGAGACGAAUGCGAGCCGUGUUGA